AUGGUUUCAAAGACUUUACCGUGGUAUCUGAAUCAAAAACAGCAAGAGAUACUGAGUAAAUUCCAGUACAUCCAGCAUCAAGAAGACCUGAGGCUCCGAGAUGCAACUAUAAACCCUGAAACUUCAAAAUGGAGUUUAGGAGUUUCCGUAGAGCAUGCCAACAACAAUCGCAAUAGGUACGUGAACAUAAUGCCGUAUGAACGCAACCGAGUGAAACUACGGGUCAAAGCUGGCAAUGACUAUGUGAACGCGUCGUACGUCAAAAUCCAGGUCCCCAUUCAGUCUUUACGGCCGGGCUAUUAUAUCGCGACACAAGGACCCACGGAGAGCUCGUACCUGCAUUUUUGGCAGAUGUGUUACCAGCAAUGUCCCGGGGACGACAUAACAAUUGUUAUGGUCACACCGCUGGUGGAACAGCGAAGACAAAAGUGCUUUGAGUACUGGCCCAGGAAUUCAGGAUCCUUUGUCACAGUGCCAGAAUCUCCAGACGAGGACUCGGUCUUUGAAACAGGCUUUGAAGUCCGCUACGUUGGCCAGGAGCGUGUUAAUGACUACACGCUCACGACGCUGAAAAUAGUACCGUCUGAUCCGCGUUUUCCGCCUAAAACUGUGCACCAUUUCUAUUUCGAUCAAUGGCGCGACAUGUCAAAGCCCGACGAGAUCAUUCCUAUUUUGAAGCUUUCCAAACACUCCCACAGUCUCAACUCUACCGAAAACCCAAUGAUCGUGCACUGUUCUGCAGGUGUGGGUCGGACCGGCACGUUCAUAACGCUCGACCAUUUAUUCCACGAUACCCGCGAUUUUACGCAGCCACAAGCAGUCCAAGGCUACCAGCAUGAUCUGGUUGAGCAGAUCGUUCUCCAGUUGCGAUCGCAGCGUCUCAAAAUGGUCCAGGCGGUUGAUCAAUAUUUGUUCAUUUAUCACGCUGCGAAUCACGUAUUUAAGCUAUCGUGA